ACGUUGAACUGGGAGAGGCGGGGCUUGUGGCUUGCCUUAAGUCUGCCGUGCAUCACACAGAGAGCCUGUCCGUCUUUCUUCCAUUCAUCACCGGAACCGUGGAGCUCGUGCACCCGCACCAUCCUGUUCUCCUCUCCUCCUCCGAUCACCGGCACCGACCCCAAGGACACAACAGCCGAGCCUCCGGCCAUCACCCUCGGCCGGGCUGCGUUGGAUAAAUGACAUGGAGCCUGCUAUCGCACAACAGGGUGAUAUGCUUAUGUGUUUGCGUCAGCAUGGAGUCCACUGGCAUGAAGCACUGGAGCCAAGGAUCUUCCCUGGAGACAUGAAUGAUUUUGAUGUCCAUGUUCUCAUCACUUGACCAACAGGAAAAUCUUCCCGAAGACAUGUUGAUUCAAAAUGAAGAUUGAUACCAGCCUGACUAUGCCCCAGCUGCCCGAGACCCUGUCCCAGGCUGGCCUACAGUUCACUGUGGCCACUGAGGAGGACUUUGAUGACAUCAUGGCUAUGAGUCAGGACAUCUACGGAGGCCUUGACUACUUGCCCACCAGAUACACCAGCUGGCUGCAGGAGACGAACCGUAUAGUCAUACUGGCUCGCAAACAUGGCAAAGUGAUUGCCCUGGAGUCGGUGUGUGUGAUCGAUGAUGGGGACACCAUGCUGGUGGAGGGUCUGCGUGUUGCCCCUCAGGAAAGAGGCAAAGGCGUGGCCGGGGUUCUGCUGCGCUUCUGCAACGAGCUGGUCAAGUUCAAGUACCCAGAGGUCAAAGUGUGUCGCCUGACCCGCGAUGAUCAGCUCGGGCCAAAGGACUUCCAGAAGUAUCGCCUCAUAACCAAGCAGGGUAUUCUACUCGUGCGCUUCAGAGCUGAAGACCUGAAACUCCGUCUGUCUGAGCUUGGUGUGGUUGGAGAUAUCCAGUCCUCUUUGCCCACCUCCUCCCCUAAAUGUCCCCCGGUGCGUCUGGACCACACAGCUAUCCACCGGCUGUAUCUGACCACUGAGCUGAUGCAGGGUGUGCUACCUAAUUCUACCAUUAUUCAAGACUGGCAGCCAUUCAAACCCUUGCCCAGUAACAUGGCCAUUCUACUGAAGAAGGACAUCGACUGGAUGGUGGACGAUGUGUCCAACCCUGCUGUGGCCAGUCUCUGCACCUUCCCUUUCAGGGUGCCCAUCGGCGAUGACUGGUAUUACCUGAAUAUUGACAUGUUCGGUAAAAACCUGGACCUGGUCCAGCAGCAGUUCCUAAGCCACCUGCAGUGCCACACUACUUCCCUGAAGGGUCACGUGAUGUGCCAGAUGUUCCUGGACCCACUGCUGUGGAAGCCCAUGGCCGAGUUCUGCCAAAAGAUCCUGAACGUGGAGCUGGUGAAGGAGUACACCGAGCAGUGUGUGGUGGAGUCAGAUGUCAUCUAGUUACUGGAGGUGGAUGGAGAGGAGAGGAAGAUGAGAAAGAAACCAGAAAGGAAUUAAGACAAGGGUCUACACAACAAUGAAUGGACACAACUCAAUUACACUUAACAGAAAAACACAGCCCUCUUUACUGAGGAGAAAGAUACCAAGCAAACAAAGCGUAGUCUCUAACAUCUAUAACAAUGCAGAGUUCACCUUAAUAGUACACAACAAAUACGCAGCGUGGACAUAAAAUCACAAACAGGUCUUGUAAUCAGCAAUCUAUUUUUUUAAUUAAUACAACUUCUAAUUUAUUUUUAAUUACCAUUUUUAAGGCUGUAUUUUUGACUGAUCUGUCCACUCAGUAAAAAAGAGGGAGUAUUCACUACAGGUAAUUAUCUGAAACACUUUCAUUAGUCUUUAGGGGUGAGAAUUUGGACCUAAUAGAAUCUGAAUAGACCAUAUGGUCAUGUGGUUGAGCCAUAGUGUUGGGGUCAACCGAAGAAGCGUGAAAGGUCAUUUGUAUGUGUUUUGGUCCGAAACAUCAUGGACCUUAAUUACAGUCUAAAUUCCAUUUGUUGAAUUUAUACACUUUUCAUUUAUUUGAAGUAUCAUUUUUAAGGCUUUAGUUUUGAGUUGAGCCCAGUAAAAAAGGAGCGGAUAUUCAGUACAAAGAAGUAGUAGAAACACUUUACGAAAGGUUUAUGGUUGAAACAAACAUAGCAGCGUGAAAGUAAAUUUACUCCUGAAUUCAAAACAUCAUCAUCAUCCUUCGCCAAAAAUACAAUUUGUUGAUUUGAUAGAACUUUUCAUUGAUUUAAAGUAUAUGCACCCAGUUUUGAGGUGUAUUUAAUAUCUGUGCGCCCAGUAUAAAGACAGUCUUUAUACUGUCGUCUUUAUGGGUGAAAACCAGAGUGUUGUGGUCAACCAGCUUGAAAGUCAUUUUACUGAAGGGGACACAUUUUGGUCCAAAACAUCAUGGACCCUAUUGCACUGCAAACUGUAGCCUUAAAAAUGCUCAUACAUUUGGAUCAUCAUCCACACGACUUUACUUGAAUUGAAGUUUAGACUCAACUGAUUGCAUGUGUUUUUGAUUUUUUGUUCACCUCUGUACAUUAAUGGAAUGGUAUUGAGGGCGGUGAGCCUCGGGAAGCGUUCUCACACUAAUGCAGAGAUGAAACCUCAGAAAGAGGGAGGGAAAAAAAAUAAUCGAAAUCUUUGAGGAAACAAACGUAGUUCUCUUACAUCACCUCAACUCUUCCAUCUCUGUUCUUUCUGUAAAUAUAUAAUGAAAAAAAAUAUGUACACAAGCUGAGUUAGCGGGUUACUAAAUCUGCACACCUCUGGGGGCACUUUAUUAAAACUAUACACACAGGUUGUGUCAGAGUUCGAAUGAGAACGAAUAGUUCAGGAUCAAAUAGGGAUCACUGACAGAUCCCGUCACUCAGUUACCCAACAUCAACAAUAAUUAAAGCUUAUUAGUAAAAAUGAACAUGCUCAUUCACAAAAUGGCUUAUAAAUAAUCCUUCCUCAUGUCUUAGAGUUAGUCUUUUUUAUUAUCAUUUUAUUAUUAUUAUUAUUAUUAUUAUUAUUAUUGUUGUUGUUAAGUAACUAAUUCAAUCUUUUUACAUGAAUGCUGCAAAACAUAAUGUUUUAUGUAUAAUCUAGGCUUAAGUUUGUAAACGGCUGAAGCCAAACAAAAUGCUAGAGCUUGGAAUUGUUUAACAGACGACUGUGAGCUCUGACGACUUCAGUGAACACCAAGUUCUGUAUUUAGCUGUGUGUCACACUACACUAGACAUUAGAAAGACAUUCGUCAAGGAUGAUAUUCUGCACAACUGGCAUCACAGUACAAAACACUGUAGUUAAUGAUCUAAUUAACUUAAUUACUAACAUAAUCUAUUAUAUGUCAAAAAUUGUCUAAAUGGCUAACUUAUAACACUUUAUUGUAAAAUUGAUGCAGCUGCAAGUUCUUAUUUUCUACCUAUAUAAACGUCUGAAAACAUUUUCAAUGCAUUUUGUAUUUUCAGCAUUUGUAUGAUUGGUAACGAAUGGAGCCUACUUUAAAAUAAAUUUGAAUUUGAUUUCUGACGCAUUCCACUAGCCGGGAAUAUGACAUUUACAUUCAUAGUUGACUGUUUGAAUGAUUUAUAAGCAUAAGUGCUUUUAUGGCAUGUCCUAAUCCACUAUUGUCUGUUGAGUUUAUCAUUGUUUUUAACAAAUUUAACCUGAUAUUUAUUUGCCCCGAUAACCAUCAAUAAAUACAUUUGUCUGGAAAGAAAAGAAACAUAUCUUGUCUGUAGUUCGAGCAAUAUUUUAAGAAACACUAACUAUAAUUAAGUUCUGUCGUACCUGCGGUUCAUUAUGGUCAUGGUCAUGUGUUAGAGAGCAGACAGGAGGGGGUGGGAUCAGCUGCAGUGUAGCCUGGUAUUGCAACCUUUUCCAGACUCCUACUGCACCACAUUGUUUUCUUUGUUUCCCAAACAACUUUAUUUAUUGAUGGCUAUCUG